AUUGGAGCACAGAAAGUUUAUAGUCCAGAUUUUAACGCCGAACCACAAAACAGUAAGGCAGACGUAUUAAGCCCCUUCUUUCACAGUGCUGCCUGAUGAAAUAAUUUUGUAAAACUGCAAGAAAAUGUCAGCUGAUGACAACACAGCGGCCCCAAGUGUCCCUCCUGAGCUUGAACUCUAAAAAUAGAGCAGGGCCAGCCCUGCCCCCGGGGUCGCCGACGGUCCAAUGAGCUGGCGGCUGGCUAUCAGUGUGCCUGUUAUUAUGGUCUGGGAGGAACAUUCCAGGGAGUCCUUCACACCGAAGCACGCGCUCGCUACCUCGGCGGAGGCUCGUCUCGUGCCACAUUUGCGCUGGUUUGGCGCAUUCUCCAGGCUGCGCGGAGGACACCAACCACUAGCACCACCAUGAUGCAGCUCCACAAGUUUGUGGCGGACGAUGAUCCGGAAGAUGAGCAGGAAGCGGAGGAGAUGCCCGCCACAGAGAAGGACCUGGCUGAGGACGCUCCCUGGAAGAAGAUCCAGCAGAACACAUUCACGCGGUGGUGCAACGAGCACCUGAAGAGCGUCCACAAGCGCAUGCUGGACCUGCAGAAGGACCUGGCAGAUGGCCUGAGGCUCAUCGCACUGCUAGAGGUCCUGAGCCAAAAGAACAUGUACCGCAAGUACCACACCAGGCCCAACUUCCGCCAGAUGAAGCUGGAGAAUGUGUCUGUGGCACUGGAGUUCCUGGAACGUGAACACAUUCGCCUGGUGUCCAUCGAUUCAAAAGCCAUUGUGGAUGGGAACCUGAAGCUGAUCCUGGGCCUGAUCUGGACGCUGAUCCUGCACUACUCCAUCUCCAUGCCCAUGUGGGAGGACGAGGACGACGAGGACGCAAGGAAACUGACGCCCAAGCAGCGUCUUCUGGGCUGGAUCCAAAACAAGGUGCCCCAGAUGCCCAUCACCAACUUCCACCGUGAUUGGAGGGACGGCAAGGCCCUGGGAGCCCUGGUGGACAAUUGUGCCCCCGGUCUCUGUCCAGACUGGGAAACCUGGGAUCCAAAUCAGCCAGUUGAGAACGCCAGAGAAGCCAUGCAACAGGCGGACGACUGGUUGGGCGUACCGCAGGUAAUCGCUCCAGAGGAGAUAGUGGACCCCAAUGUGGACGAGCAUUCGGUCAUGACCUACUUGUCUCAGUUUCCCAAAGCCAAAUUGAAGCCAGGUGCCCCCUUGAGGGCAAAGACACUGCAUCCCAAGAAGGCCAAAGCCUUUGGGCCAGGCAUUGAACCUCGAGGGAACGUGGUUCUCAAACCAACAGAGUUCCUGGUGGAAACAGUGGAGGCCGGAAUGGGCGAGGUUCUGGUUUAUGUUGAGGACUUGGAAGGGCACACAGAAGAGGCCCGAGUGAUCCCCAACAAUGACAACAACCGAACCUACUCUGUAGGCUACCUGCCCAAAGUGGAGGGUCUCCAUAAAGUGAAGGUUCUGUUUGCGGGCCAGGAUAUCAACGGGAGCCCCUUCAUGAUCCACGUCUCUAAAGCCAUGGGGGACCCGACCCGGGUGCAGGCCCGGGGCCCAGGACUGCAACACAUGGGAAACCUGGCCACCAAGCCCACCUACUUCGACAUCUACACAGCAGGGGCUGGUGCCGGUGAUGUGGGCGUGAUCAUCGUGGAUUCGAAUGGUCGAAGGGACACUGUGGAGGUGGUCCUGGAGAACAAGGGUGACAGUAUCUUCCGAUGCACCUACGUUCCCGUCCUGGAGGGGACGCACACAGUCUACGUCACGUUUGCUGGACAGCAGAUUCCCAGAAGCCCCUUCCCUGUACUCAUUGCCCAAGUUCCACAGAACGUGUCGACGCCCCCGCCGGUGUCUGCGGUCACUCUGAUGCAGGUUCUACCUCAGUCAGUAUGCACCCCACCAAGGAGAGCCCCCCCUCCAACACCGCCAAAACCAAGGCGACCAACCUGCAACCCAAAUGCCUGCAGGGCGUCCGGCCGGGGUUUACAGCCGAAAGGUCUGAGGGUGAAGGAAGUGGCAGAGUUCAAAGUGGACACCCAAGGUGGCGGCACUGGCGAGCUCCAAGUGGUGGUGAAGGGACUGAACCGACUGGAGGAACCUGUGAAGGUGGUUGAGGUGGACGACGGCCUCUACAAAUGUAACUACUACCCCAUUGUGACAGGAAAUUACAUCAUCACCAUCAGUUGGGGGGGCCACAGCAUCCCACGCAGUCCCUUUGAGGUCUAUGUGAACGAGGAAGCUGGACUUCAGAAAGUGCGAGCCUGGGGUCCCGGCCUGGAGACGGGCAUAGUGGGAAAGAGUGCUGACUUCGUGGUGGAGGCCAUCGGGACGGAGGUGGGAACACUGGGCUUCUCCAUCGAAGGUCCGUCUCAGGCCAAGAUCGAGUGCGAUGACAAAGGGGAUGGCUCGUGUGACGUGAGGUACUGGCCCACCGAGCCCGGCGACUAUGCCGUCCACGUCAUAUGUGACGACGAGGACGUGAAGGACAGCCCCUUCAUAGCGCACAUACUGCCUGCCGCAAUGGACCUACACCAAGAAAAGGUGAGGUGCUAUGGACCGGGCCUCGAGCCCCUUGGCUGCAUCAUCAACAAACCAGCGGAUUUCACUAUCGACAGCCGAGGAGCUGGCAGAGGCAAGCUGAGGCUCUACGCUCAGGACGCUGAAGGCUGCCCCAUAGACGUGGAGAUCAGGGACAACGGAGAUGAGACCUUCUUGUGCGUUUACAUCCCAACAAAACCCAUCAAGCACACCAUCAUCGUCACAUGGGCUGAGGUCAACAUUCCCAACAGCCCCUUCAGGGUGAGCAUCGGAGAGGGGAGUCAUCCACAGAACGUAAAUGUCUUUGGUCCUGGUGUGGAGAAAAGCGGACUGAAGGCCAACGAACCGACAUACUUCACGGUGGACUGCGGCAAGGCAGGACAAGGUGAUGUCAGCAUCGGCAUCAAGUGUGCGCCUGGCAUGGUCGGACCCGCCGAAGCUGGCAUCGACUUUGACAUAAUCAAAAACGACAACGACACGUUCACAGUCAAGUACACGCCGCCCAGCUCCGGAUUGUACACCAUCAUGGUGCUCUUCGCUGACCAAGAAAUUCCUAUCAGCCCCUUCAGGAUCAAAGUGGAUCCUUCUCAUGAUGCUGCCAAAGUGAGAGCAGAAGGACCUGGUCUCAAUAAAUCGGGCGUUGAAGCAGGAAAGCCGACACACUUCACCAUCUACACCAAAGGGGCUGGCAAAGCCCAGCCUGAGGUCCAUUUUGGAGGCAGUGCUACAGGCAACGUUGUGCGAGACUUUGAGAUCAUCGACAACCACGACUACUCGUACACGGUCCGCUACACUGCCACCCACCAGGGAAGUUUGUCCAUCACUGUACUCCACGGCGGCGACGCCAUUCCAAAAUGUCCCUUUCACAUCACGGUGGCUCCACCUUUGGACCUCAGCAAGGUCCUAGUUCACGGCCUGAACAACAAGGUGGACGUCGGGAAGGAUCAGGAGUUCAGCAUCAGUACUUCAGGCGCAGGUGGUCAGGGCCAACUGGACGUGAAGAUAAUUUCCCCGUCCCGCCGACCGAUUCCAUGCAAGCUGGAGUCCGGUGUAGCCAAUGAGAUUCAUUCGGUGAGGUACCUUCCGCCGGAGGAGGGGUCUUACAGAGUGGAAAUCAGCUAUGACGAGAACCCCAUCUCAGGAAGUCCGUUGGCAGUGGAGGGCAUCUUGCCCCCUGACCCCUCCAAGGUGCGAGCCUACGGUCCAGGUCUUCAGGGUGGUGUGGUGGGUAAACCGGCCCCGUUUGCUAUCGACACAAAGGGAGCGGGCACCGGUGGUUUAGGCCUCACGGUGGAGGGUCCCUGUGAGGCCAAGAUUGAAUGCCAGGACAACGGCGAUGGCUCCUGUUCCGUGUCCUACUUGCCCACUGAGUGUGGCAAGUACAAUAUCAACAUUCUGUUUGCCGACCAGCACAUCCCCGGGUCCCCCUUCAAAGCUGCCGUCCAGUCUGUGUUCGACCCCAGCAGGGUGACGGCCAGCGGGCCUGGUCUGGAGCGGGGUAAAAAACAUGAGGCCAGCUCCUUCCUGGUAGAUUGCUCCAAAGCAGGAGAGGCAGAGCUCACCAUUGAGAUCAUCUCUGAGUCGGGUUCCAAAGCUGAAGUUCACGUGGAGAACAACAGUGAUGGAACCUACUCUAUCACUUACAUCCCUCAGUCCCACGGUGUGUACACCAUAACCAUCAAGUACGGAGGACAUUUGGUGCCAAAGUUCCCUGCACGUCUGCAAGUGGAAGCAGCCCUCGACAUCAGCAGCGUGAAGGUCUAUGGACCUGGUGUGGAAGCCGGAGGAGUCCUGAGAGAAGUCACCACACACUUCAUCGUGGACGCCAGAAGUGUUUACCAGAAGGCUGGCGGCCAUGUUAAAGCCUACAUUUCCAAUCCAUCAGGGGCCACCACUGACGCUUACAUUAUAGACAAAGCUGAUGGAACGUACCGCGUGGAGUACACGCCUUUUGAGGACGGUCUGCAUGUCAUCGAGGUGUUGUUGGAUGAUGACCCCCUACCAAAAAGUCCGUUCAGGGUCUCUGUCAGUGAAGGUUGUGAUCCAAGUCAAGUUCGAGCCUAUGGGCCAGGCCUGGGGGAAGGUCUGGUCAACAAACACAACCGGUUCACCGUCGAGACCAGGGGUGCUGGCACCGGAGGUCUUGGCCUGGCCAUUGAGGGCCCAUCAGAGGCAAAGAUGUGCUGCAAGGACAACAAAGAUGGCAGCUGCAGCGUGGAGUACCUUCCCUUCACUUCUGGAGAGUAUGACGUCAACAUCACCUUUGGAGGACUUCUGAUUCCAGGAAGUCCAUUUCGAGUCCCGGUGCGGGAGUUGGUGGACCCCACCAAAGUGCGCUGUUCUGGACCUGGGCUUGGAAGUGGUGUUCGUGCUCACGUCUUUCAGACCUUCACGGUGGACUGCAGCAAGGCUGGUGUAGCCCCUCUGGAGGUCCAGAUCUUUGGGCCCACAGGUGUCACUGAGCCCGUCAGUAUUAUAGAUAACAGUGACAGGACGCACACAGUCAAUUACACCCCCGCCAACGACGGUCCGUACACCAUCUGCGUCAAGUAUGCCCAGCAGGAGGUCCCUCGAAGUCCGUUCAAGAUCAAGACCCUGCAGGCUCAUGAUGCUAGCAAGGUCCGUGCCAGCGGUCCCGGUCUGAAUUCGUCCGGCGUUCCCGCCAGUCUGCCGGUGGAGUUCACCAUUGACGCCAGAGAUGCUGGUGAAGGACUGCUCACCGUUCAGAUCCUGGAUCCUGACGGGUGCGGGCACCAAGCCGCCGUGUUCGUGCAGGACUGGCACACACGUGUCUGGGAAUCUCAUAUAGUCAAGAGAACCAUCCCGUUCUCCAUUUUUAAGAGAGCCUGCGAUUCUGAGUCGAUACCUAAGAAGGCCAACAUCAGGGACAACCGCGACGGAACCUACACCGUGUCCUAUGUCCCGGACAUGGCGGGCCGCUACACCAUCACCAUCAAGUACGGUGGGGACGAGAUCCCGUAUUCGCCAUACCGUAUCCACGCCAUGCCCACUGGGGAUGCCAGCAAGUGUCUGGUCACAGUCUCCAUUGGAGGACACGGACCAGGGUUUGGUGUCGGUCCCGCAAUCCAGAUUGGAGAGGAGACUGUAAUCACAGUGGACGCAAAGGCUGCCGGGAAAGGCAAGGUCACCUGCAAAGUGUCCACACCUGACGGGGCGGAGCUGGAUGUUGAUGUGGUGGAAAACGCAGAUGGGACGUUUGACAUUUACUACACAGCGCCAGAACCCGGGAAGUAUGUCAUCACUAUCCGUUUUGGUGGAGAGCAUAUUCCCAACAGUCCCUUCCACGUACUGGCGACCAACGAUACGAUAAUCCCCGUCAAUGGGAUGGAGGCCAUGCUCCGUCCCUUCAGUCUUGUCAUUCCUUUCACCGUGCAGACGGGAGAAAUUACAGGUGAAGUGCGGAUGCCAUCCGGCCGUGUGGCCUGCCCACACAUAGCUGACAACAAGGACGGCACCGUCACAGUCAAGUACUCACCGAACGAGCGCGGCCUGCAUGAGAUGGACAUAAAGUACGACGGCCAGCACAUUCCAGGAAGUCCGCUUCAGUUCUUCGUGGAUGCCAUUAACAGUGGUCAUGUGACAGCGUAUGGCCCUGGUUUGAGCCACGGCGUAGCCAACAUACCAGCAACCUUCACCAUUGCUACCAAGGACGCCGGUGAAGGCGGUUUGUCUCUGGCGGUGGAAGGCCCGUCCAAAGCCGAGAUCAGCUGCAAGGACAACAAAGACGGGACCUGCACCGUAUCCUACUUGCCUACGGCUGCUGGUGACUACAUCAUCAUUGUCAAAUUUGAUGACAAACACAUCGCCGGAAGCCCGUUCACCGCCAAAAUUACCGGUGACGACCUUCUCGCCAUGUCUCGGCUCAACGUCGGCACGGCGACCGACGUCUCCUUGAGGAUCACGGAGACGGACCUGGGCAGUCUGACGGCGACCAUUCGAGCUCCGUCAGGAAGCGAAGAGGCAUGCCUGUUGAAGAGACUCCCCAACAGACACAUUGGUAUCUCGUUCACGCCGAAGGAAGUGGGCGAACAUGUGGUGAGUGUGAAGAAGGGCGGCACUCACGUGACCAACAGCCCGUUUAAGAUCAUGGUGGUGCAGUCUGAGAUUGGCGAUGCCAGCAAGGUGAAAGUGUUCGGGGCGGGACUGCUGGAGGGACGCACCUUCGAGGUGGCCCAGUUCAUCGUCGACACCAGGACUGCUGGUUAUGGAGGUCUGGGUCUGUCCAUCGAGGGUCCCAGCAAAGUAGACAUCAACUGUGAGGACGUGGAGGACGGCACGUGUCGCGUAACCUACUGCCCCAGCGAGCCUGGAAACUACAUCAUCAACAUCAAGUUUGCUGAUCAGCACGUUCCAGGAAGUCCUUUCACCGUGAAAGUGUUUGGCAAAGGCCGGAUGAAGGAGAGCAUCACCAGGAAGCGCCAGGCACCCGCCAUCGCCACCGUGGGAAGCACCUGUGACCUCAACCUCAAGAUCCCAGGCAACUGGUUUCAGAUGGUUUCGGCACAGGAGCGGGUGACUCGCACGUUCACGCGCAGCAGCCACACGUACACGCGCACCGAGCGCACUGAGAUCAGCAAGACGCGUGGCGGCGAGACCAAGCGGGAAGUCCGCGUGGAGGAGCGCACGCAAGUUGGAGACCCCUUUAGGGACGUCUUUGGAGACUUCCUGGGACAGGAGAAUCUGAGCGGCUUUGGUGGGAAGUCACCACCACAGGAGGGAGAGGCAACCCACCAGGAGAUGGCGGCUCAGGUGACUAGUCCGGGCGGCAAGUGCGAGGAUGCCGAGAUCGUCCGUGGCGAGGACAGCACGUACAGCGUCCGCUUCGUGCCGCAGGAAAUGGGGGCACACGUGGUGGACGUCAAGUAUCGUGGGCAACAUGUUCCCGGGAGCCCCUUCCAGUUCACUGUGGGGCCCCUGGGAGAGGGCGGCGCCCACAAGGUGCGGGCAGGCGGCACAGGGCUGGAGCGAGGUGUGGCCGGCAUCCCAGCUGAGUUCAGCAUCUGGACCAGAGAGGCAGGUGCGGGUGGGCUGUCUAUUGCAGUGGAGGGUCCCAGCAAGGCGGAGAUUACCUUUGAGGAUCGCAAGGAUGGUUCUUGCGGCGUCUCCUACGUGGUCCAGGAGCCCGGAGACUACGAGGUCUCCAUCAAGUUCAACGAUGAGCAUAUCCCAGACUCGCCCUUUAUGGUCCCUGUGGCCAGUUUGUCUGACGAUGCCCGCCACUUAACCAUCACCAGCCUUCAGGACUCUGGACUGAAGGUGAACCAGGAAGCAUCUUUUGCGGUGCAGCUGAACGGAGCUCGAGGUAUCAUUGAUGCCAAGAUCCACGCACCUUCUGGAGCCACAGAGAAAUGUUUGAUCAGCCAGAUGGAUGGCGAUCAGCACGCCAUCAGGUUUGUCCCCAAAGAGAACGGCAUCCACGCCAUUGAUGUCCGCUUCGGUGGCAGCCAUGUGCCCGGAAGCCCCUUCAAGAUCCGUGUGGGAGAGCCUGGUCAGGCAGGAGACCCCAGGAAGGUGUCAGCUUCUGGGCCGGGCCUGGAGAGCGGGACCACAGGCGUGGCGUCAGAGUUCAUGGUGAACACGUGUAACGCCGGGGGUGGCGCUCUGUCCGUGACCAUCGAUGGUCCUUCCAAAGUCCAGAUGAGCUGUCAGGAAUGUUCUGAAGGCUACCAAGUGUCCUACACCCCCACGGCCCCCGGGAGCUACCUGAUCUCCAUCAAGUAUGCGGGAGCCCAACACAUCGUGGGCAGCCCCUUCAAAGCCAAAGUCUCAGGUCCUCGGUUGUCUGGAGGUCCUAGUCUUCAUGAGACCUCUUCAGUUCUGGUGGGAACCAUCACCAAGUCAUCGUCUGGGAUAGCUGGGGCCUUCGCUUCUUUGCCCAAAUUCUCCUCGGAUGCCAGUAAGGUGGUCUCCAGGGGGGCCGGCCUGUCCAAGGCUUUUGUGGGCCAGAAGAACUCCUUCAUGGUGGACUGCAGCAAAGCAGGCAGCAACAUGUUGAUGGUGGGGGUCCACGGUCCCAGAGCCCCGUGCGAGGAGGUCUACGUGAAGCACGCGGGCCACAGGAUGUACAACGUGACGUACACGGUGAAAGAAGCAGGAAACUACAUCCUCAUGGUCAAGUGGGGCGAUGCCCACAUACCCGGGAGCCCCUUUCACGUCACCGUACCAUGAAGGUUUUUCCCCUCCAAAGUUCUCCUUAGACAAACCAAGUUGGUAGAGUUCUGAUAAAACUGUGAUUUUCUUUUCUUUUUUAUUUACUUUUGUUCUUUCUCUGGAAGAUUUGACAGACAGGAAGUGACAAUAAAGUCUUAUUGUAGCUUGGCGAAUGCCAUGAUUGUUUGAUAAUAUUUCAUAAAAAUACAGUGAUAAUCAUAAUAAUAAAGGUUUCACGGCCAUCA